GUAACCACCGAAAGAGUAUCCCUCCCAAGUCCAGGAGGCAGAUUUGUUCCCAAAUAUAAUAGCACUAAAUUGUCACCUAUAUAUCACAUCUAUGGGGUCCUCAAUGUUGUUAAACGGACAAGAUCCGGCUGCUCUUAAAGCAGAAACAGAAAGUCGACUUAGUACUUAUUACCGAGUUGAUAGCGAAAGACAGGCUUUCAUUCAUAGUAUGCUCAACAAAAUCGAGGCAGAUGCUAAGAAGAUUAAUGAACUUGAACUUGAUCUAGACGACCAAAGGAAAUCUCGAGCUGAUUAUCAGUUCAAGGCUCGUACACUUGAGAGUGAAGUGCACAGGAUAGCACACCAACUUAAUAAGGAUUCGUUUGUUGUUGUGCUAAUCGAUGGUGACGGGGCUAAAUUUCAGGACGAAUUCUUGCGUGAUCCUAGUGGCGGUGCCGAAAGGGCUGCUUUAAAGCUCAAGCAUGCCGUUCGAGAGAAUCUUAGAGAUUCAGGAGUCUCACAAGAUGAUAUUCCUAUUCUUGUCCGAGCCUAUGCUAAUCUCAAUGACUUGUCAAAGUCAUUACGUCUCUCGAGAAUUAUUGAAUAUGAUGAAGAUAUGCGCUUGUUCGCCGAACGCUUCACCAACAGUCGUGCGGACUUUGACUUCGUUAACGUCGGCAAGGGCAAGGAGAAUGCUGACUCUAAGAUAAGACGUAUGCUUAAUCACUACUACAGAAAUGUGCAGUGCAAGAAGAUAUUCCUUGCUGGGUGCUGCCACGAUAAUGGUUAUCUACACGAUCUUCGUGACUAUACAGGAGCUACCGAAGAGAGAUUGGUGCUUUUAGAGACUACGCCCGCAGAGCCGGCUUUUAGGUCUCUCGGCUUUCCUAUCAUACGUUUUGAUGAUGUCUUCCGGUCGGAGCCAUUAGGCAAUGAGACAAAACAUAUCUUUUCAAACAUAACUGCUCCGCCAGGGUUUCGCUCGCCCAUUCAGCAGUCUGCUGCGCCCGGUCCAAUUGCUCGGCCUACACAGCCCGUACAGAGAGCGGCCACGACGGUUGUGUCGCCUUCUGCGCAAGAGCAAAGACAAUCAUCUACCCCUAUUACUACUACCCCUACACCAGUUUCUAUUAGUACCCCGUCGCCAAUACAGCGCACUUCUUCUCCUGAUCAGCAGGGAACUGCUCUUCCACGUGCGUCAAGUGUCAUCAGCUCCGGAAAUGGCGGCACUUCGAUCAGUUAUGCCACUGCGGGCGGAGUCAACGACCAUCAAAACGUCACUGUUAAAGCACCCAAGCCUAAGAAACAACCAAAAGUUAUAUUUUACAACUCAGAUAAUUAUCGCAUUGACUCGCCAACCCAGCAUCCACCCAGAACCCCGGCCCAGUCAACUUACCAGGCUAAGUUUCAGGCUAUCAAGCCCUCGGUUUUCUGCAACGACCAUUACCUUAAAGGCCGCUGCAAAUGGGGUAUUAGCUGCGAUAAGACGCACGACGCUGAGUUAACCGGGCCGGAACUUGCUAUCCACCGUUACAAAGCUCGAACUAGCCUCUGUCCUAAUGGACCUUACUGCGUCGACUACGACUGCUAUCUUUCCCACCAUUGCCCUCGUAUCCCGUGCACCAGGGGAGAUAUGUGCCCUUUCUCCCAUACCGAGAAGUGGGGAGAUCUGCAUCUAACUAAAGAGCAGCUUCAGCCCUCGACUAGGUGGACGGAAGGCAAUGAACUUCCCGAGCAUAUCUAACCUAACCCGACCUCGCACCUGAAAAUGAAUUCAAGGCGGGAGGAACGAGAGCUUGCGCACAUGCUGGGUUGGUGUUUUUACUACUCUUAGACGUUAAAUUUUACAACAAAGUGGACAGGAGGGGCGGCCAUCUGUUCUAGCAGGGGCCGGGAGAGAUGUUUGGGGUGGCAUAACAAUUGCACAGAUUUUUUGAGGACAUGACGUACUCCCUCCUUUUCCCCUGGCCGACAGGAAUAACAAUAUAUCGGAUGCAGGGCGGAUAUCACUUAUGGAAUUGAGAACAGCUAAGGCUAUG